AUGUCAAAGCCGGUGGGACUCUUAUGGCUGUCUUUAAUUUUUACUCCUCUUUGUGUCAUGCUGAAUUCUAAUUUGCUCCUUUGGAUAACUGCCCUAUCAAUACGUUUUACACUUAUUGAGGGUCAAGCACAAUACCCAAUUGUAACUACAAAUUAUGGCAAAAUCCGUGGUGUAAGAACACCCCUGCCCAAUGAAAUCCUUGGUCCUGUGGAACAGUAUUUGGGAGUCCCUUAUGCUUCUCCUCCAACUGGAGAGAGACGUUUCCAACCUCCAGAACCUCCUUCUUCAUGGACUGGGAUACGGAAUGCUACACAAUUUGCUGCUGUUUGCCCACAGUAUCUGGAUGAGAGAUCACUGCUUAAUGAUAUGCUACCGGUUUGGUUUACUGCCAACUUGGAUACUGUAAUGACCUAUGUGCAAGAUCAAAAUGAAGACUGCCUUUAUCUGAACAUCUAUGUACCAACUGAAGAUGCGCAGCAGCUGUCAAAAAAGUGCGAAAAGGAGCCAAAUGCAAGCGUUUGCAGACGAUAUGGAGCCAACACAAAGAAAAGCACAGAUGAUAUAACCAGUACUGAUCGUGGGGAAGAUGAAGAUAUACAUGAUCAGAACAGCAAGAAACCAGUGAUGGUCUAUAUUCAUGGUGGAUCAUAUAUGGAAGGUACAGGGAAUAUAGUUGAUGGCAGCAUACUGGCAAGCUACGGAAAUGUCAUUGUUGUAACCAUCAACUACAGGCUAGGGGUUCUAGGUUUCCUAAGUACUGGAGACCAAGCAGCAAAAGGCAAUUAUGGAUUACUUGACCAAAUUCAAGCUCUGAGAUGGAUUGAAGAAAAUAUUGGAUCAUUUGGAGGAGACCCAAAAAGAGUUACAAUUUUUGGAUCAGGAGCUGGAGCAUCUUGUGUUAGUCUCUUGACAUUGUCUCACUAUUCAGAAGGUCUGUUCCAAAAAGCAAUCAUUCAAAGUGGAACAGCCCUGUCCAGCUGGGCAGUGAAUUACCAGCCUGCCAAGUACACUGCAAUUUUGGCAGAAAAAGUGGGCUGCAACACUUUGGACACUACAGACUUAGUUGAAUGCUUUCGGAAUAAGAACUACAAAGAACUCAUUCAGCAAACAAUCACACCAGCUACAUACCACAUUGCCUUUGGGCCUGUGAUUGAUGGGGAUGUAAUUCCAGAUGAUCCACAGAUUCUAAUGGAACAGGGAGAAUUUCUCAACUAUGAUAUAAUGUUAGGUGUAAACCAAGGAGAAGGUUUAAAAUUUGUAGAUGGAAUUGUGGAUAAUGAAGAAGGCAUAUCUCCAAAUGAUUUUGAUUUCUCCGUAUCUAAUUUUGUGGACAAUCUAUAUGGUUAUCCAGAAGGGAAAGAUACUCUAAGAGAAACCAUUAAAUUCAUGUACACAGAUUGGGCAGACAAGGAGAAUCCUGAAACACGAAGGAAGACCCUGGUGGCACUUUUUACUGAUCACCAAUGGGUUGCACCAGCUGUUGCCACAGCAGACCUCCAUGCUCAAUAUGGUUCUCCAACAUACUUCUAUGCAUUUUAUCACCACUGCCAAAGUGAAAUGAAACCCAGUUGGGCUGAUUCUGCACAUGGUGAUGAAGUCCCUUAUGUGUUUGGUAUCCCCAUGAUCGGUCCUACUGAAUUAUUCAACUGCAACUUUUCAAAGAAUGAUGUCAUGCUCAGUGCGGUUGUUAUGACUUAUUGGACAAACUUCGCCAAAACAGGGGAUCCAAACCAGCCUGUUCCCCAAGAUACAAAAUUCAUCCAUACAAAGCCUAAUCGUUUUGAAGAAGUUGCUUGGUCUAAAUACAACCCAAAAGACCAGCUUUAUCUGCACAUUGGUUUGAAACCCAGAGUUCGAGAUCACUACCGAGCAACAAAAGUUGCUUUCUGGUUAGAACUUGUACCACACUUGCACAAUUUGAAUGAAAUAUUUCAGUAUGUUUCCACUACAACUAAGGUGCCACCACCUGAUAUGACAUCAUUCCCAUAUGUUACCCGACGUUCUCCUGGGAAGUUUACUACCAAACGCCCAUUAAUGACUCCAAGCAACAAUCCAAAGCAUUCAAAAGACACCCAGAAAACCUCUCCAGAGGAUACAAGUGUUCUGAUAGAAAACAAGAGAGAUUAUUCCACGGAGCUAAGUGUUACUAUUGCUGUAGGAGCAUCAUUGUUAUUCCUCAACAUUUUGGCAUUUGCGGCCUUGUACUAUAAGAAAGACAAGCGACGUCAUGAGACACACAGACGGCCCAGUCCCCAAAGGAACACAACCAAUGAUAUUGCCCAUAUACAGAAUGAAGAAAUUAUGUCACUGCAGAUGAAACAGCUUGAGCAUGAUCAUGACUGUGAGUCACUGCAAGCUCAUGAUACCCUGAGACUCACCUGUCCACCUGAUUACACCCUGACUCUUAGAAGAUCUCCAGAUGAUAUUCCACUCAUGACACCCAAUACCAUAACCAUGAUUCCAAAUACAUUAACAGGAAUGCAACCUUUGCAUACUUUCAACACCUUCAGUGGAGGACAGAACAGUACUAAUUUGCCUCAUGGACAUUCCACCACUAGAGUAUAGCUCAGUCGUUCACCCAUCACAUACCACCUGGAAGAU